CAUUUAGUUUACAAUCAUUCAUUUUUCUUGUUUUGGCCUCAAACAGUGUUAUCAAAAUAAUUCCCUUCGUAAUUGCUUUAAGGUUUUUCAAUGAUUAUUAAGCCAAAAAAAUAUUUCUAAUAAAGACACUUAGUAAUUUCUCAAUAAAAUUACGAAGUAUUUAACACUGGAGGCGCUGAAAUACUGUACUGCUACCCAAAAAUUGAACACGCCUGACAUCGAAUUUUAUACCGGCUUGCGUCAAAAUUUUACAAAAUACAAUUAUGGGCGUUGACGUAACCUUUACAAAAGAAGGCGAUGGUGCUACUUUUCCCAAAAAGGGACAAACUGUUCAUGUUCACUACACAGGAACAUUAACUGAUGGAAAAAAAUUUGAUUCCUCACGAGACCGCGGUAGACCUUUUAAAUUUAAGAUUGGAAAAGGAGAAGUUAUCAAAGGGUGGGACGAAGGUGUAGCCAAAAUGAGUGUAGGAUCACGUGCUACAUUGACUUGUUCACCAGAUUAUGCUUAUGGUGCUUUGGGUCAUCCUGGUGUUAUUCCACCCAAUGCUACAUUAAUCUUUGAUGUUGAACUUAUUAAAUGCGAAUAAUUUUACAUUUUUCUAUGUAAUAACUAAUAUUUAUUUAAAAGAAAAUCCAUCUCUAAGACUGAUGAUAAUUUCUUUCAUGAUCAAAUCAACAAUUAUGCUAUUUCUAUUUAGUUGAUUUUUUAUUAUAAUUAUUAAAAAGAUUCAGUACCUCUCAAAGUAUAUUAUGUUUUUGGUGAAUGUUGUACAAUAUUACAUUAACUUGAAAAUAGUUGUAAAAAAUAGACAAAGUUUCUAAUUUUCUUUAAAAUAAAUCAUACUUAUUACCAA